AAUGCAAAAAACAAUUCUGAUUAUCUCUCUAAUAAUAGGUCUAACUUACACAGCUACUACAUAUUCAGAUUAAGAUUUGAUGAUAUUGAUGGAAAAAGCACAAAUUAGAGGAGACUACUAAGAUGUUGUUAAUGAAAGAAGUGGAGCAUUAAUUUCAAAUGCUAGAUAGCUAACAUUUUAUGGAGAUCAAUUUAACAAUAGUCCGUUAAGAGAUGCAAUCUAUGAUAUUGCUCCUGGUAGUAAAGGUUACGUUUUAGCUCCAGUAUCAGGAAAAAUUUAACUUGACUUAUUGUAAGAAUAUGAAUUAAAUACUGUUGUUAUAUGGUUUUAUGAUCUUUCAGUAAUUACUUAUAAGUUUAAAGUAACCUUAAUUUACCCAGAUGACACUUCAUAAGAUGUUUACUCUAAUAAUGCAGCAGUAGGUGGAAUUUAUAGAAUCACAUUUGAUGAUAGUUUAGUGAAAUCAAUUUUAAUUGUUGACAUUUCAGGUACUUAACCCUUAUAAGUCAUUAAGAUUUAGGCAUUCUAUGCAUUUUGAUU